AUAAAUGCUAUGAAUACCUUCAAAGCCCAAACUCUGCCAAUGACGUAUUAUGAUGCCUUAGAGAGAACACUUGGAGAAAUCUGUGACAAGUAUUGUUGGGGCUGAGAUGAGUCAACAUCACCAAGUCAAUCUCUCAUGUCUCAAAGAAGCAUGAAGAGUCAUGAGAACCUCUCAAAAAAUUUCAGCUCGCCUAGCGAGGGAAGCUCAAUCCCUCCUUCAAAGAUUGUGAGAAAGAAAAUUACAAAGAAUACUCUUCCUGAUAUUUCUCAAAAUCUCCGUAUGAUCCUCCAGAUGAUUUCCAAAGAUCAACAAGUGAGCUUCAGAGCAACUGCAAAGAGCUCAAGAGGUCUCCACAACGGUACUUCCACAAGAAGAUCUCAGUACAUCGGAUUGCUUGGUAAUAGGAAUCGCUGGCAGGUCCUCAUCAACGUUGGCAGCAAGAAGAAGUACAUUGGAACCUUCAAAUGUGAGAAGGAAGCUGCUAUUAUGCAUGACUUGUAUUCAAUCGGACUCAACGGAAUGAGAGGGAAGACCAACUUCAACUACGACAGCUCCACUCUGCAAGACAUGAUUAUGGAUUACUUCACCAAUGAGGGUAGCUUCAAUGCUUAUAAGUUCACAUCCAGAGUAUAACCAUGACUUUUCCUUC